GUAUGACUGGAUGGAUUGAUUGGUCAUCUGUCAUCUCAUCUUGUCAUUCUCCCCGAUCAGCUGGUGGCCCGUCACCACCAGGGGGCACCCGAAAACUCCUGAGAUGAAACUAGGGUUCGUAUUCAAGGUUAAGCGGCGCCUCUCGUAUGGAAUGCAGCCAUUCACGGCCACGAGUUGUCCCGCAAUCGCCAACCCUGCACUCCAUACCCCGUGCCCCCAACCCCCCGGUGUGCGAUGCAUGAUAUGCUGGUUAAAUAUAGUAUUUUUAUAUACUGAGAUGGUCCCAGAUUGCGCCCACGUCUUCCCCUUUCUUACUGUGUCUGUUUCAAAGCAAGCCAUCACCCCUGGCCUGGCGUGGCCAACGAUCCAUCCCAGCCCGAUGGCGUUAUUCGCGCGCGCACAGAGCGGACAAUGUCGCGCCCACCACGCCUUUACCACCAAGACCUCGCGCAUCAGCAUCGUCUGCUACUCAAUCUACUUUGUCGUCUUCCUGGGACUCUUCUUCUUCACCGCGACUCGCUUUGCAGUCAGCGACAGUAAACGUCAAUUCACGGUGCAAUGGCUCCUCCUCGCCAUUGCCGUCACGUUUAUGCUCCUGUACACUCGACGGGGGUGGUGGGGUCGAUGAAUGGGGCGGACCGGACGGGGGGAUCUGUUGGGCUUGCGGAGGAAGCGAUCCGGGAGGUGCAGGCGAGGAUGUAUGUCGAGGACUUCUUCUAUGCGGUUGCGGUGCUGAGUGCGGCGGUGGUGAUCCGUCGCGGCGGUUGGGAGAGGGACGGACGAAGAAGAGGAGGUCGAGGAUUGGGAGGGUGAGGAAUAUGUCGAGAGAUGUGCGAGGAAAGGGGGAUCCGUGAGAUGAUGCAGUCAGGAAGAGAUUAGGUUUUAAUUUUAUGAACAUAUUUGCCCCUUCCCCUUCUCUGAUGAUGUACAGUAUAUAUAAC